AUGCCCAAGGUGCAAGGCGUCCUGCGCAAGUCGGGUGCGCGCGACAACCGCAACGUGCGGCACCAGUCGUGCGAGGGGUGUCGCAGGCGCAAGAUGAAGUGCUCGAGGACCAUGCCCUGCAUCGCGUGCGAGGUUCGCGGUCAAAACUGUGUCUGGCUCGACAGCAAGCCGACGCACGGCCUGUUGCAGCCCUCGCUCCACGAGACGCAGGCCGAGAUCGUGCGCCUCGAAAAGGUCAUCAAGCAGCUGCAGGCCCUCGUCGCCGAGAAGGACGGCUGCCCGCUCCCUCUUCCCGACGACCUCGUCCCGCCGACGCCGCCCCACGCCCUCGACGCCCUGCCGCAAGGAUCGCCGCCGUCCGACCCGCAGCAGGACUUUGACCUCGCGGCGGCCGUCGCCCACUUUGGCGGCGCGUCGUCGCUGACGAGCGCGCCCUCGUGGGUCCCGUCGAGCUGGACUCGCGUCGACGACGGCUCGGCGCCGUCGCCGUCGUUGCCGCUCGAGGCCCUGCCCUGGGCGCGCACCCACGUGGACGAGCCUCGCCAGCUGUACGACUCGACCGUGUCGUACGCGACCUUGCUCGCGAACCCGGUCCCGGCGCUGCACGGCCCUCUUCCGGGCGCCGCCGCGGCCGCCGCCUCUGCCACCACGGUGAUCGGUGCCGGCUCGUCGCCGACCAUCACCUCGCCGUCGUCAUGGGCGAUGGCGCACGAGCGCGCGACGACCUGGCCGUCGCCGUCGUCGUCAAGGCGAGGCGACUUUGUCGUCGACUCGGCGUUCGCGCCUCGUUCCUCGUCGUCGUCCUUCUCGCCGCACCCUGCCCUGUCGUCGGCCACCCUGUCCUACUCGCACCUCGCACCUCUUCCGCUCUCGCCUGCGCCGGUCUCGCCUCCGCAUCGCCUGCCCGGCCGCGAGACGAUCUCGGCCAUGGUCCACGGCGUCCGGGUGCAGGCGCCGCCCGCAGCGGCAGACGCGCUCGGCCUCUCGAUCGAGAGCACGCAGGGUGCGGGUGGCUCGAUGCGCAAGAUGGAUGCGCUUGCGUGGUCGCUCGUCAUGGGCAGCCUCGCGCAGUAG